GGGCUGGAGCACUAAAAACAUACCCUCCGUUACUCUCACCUCCCAGACCCUCUUCGCACCAGAAAAUUCCGGGCUCCUCUUCGCACCAGAAAAUUCCGAUUGCGUCGCAGUCUCGAGUUGCUUACUCCAGUCUGCAAAUGAUUUCCAUCAACAGUAGCAACUUGUCGAAGAAUUCGUGAUCGUUUCGCGAUGGGUCCGAUUUCCAACGAUGGGUCGCAGAAACGGUUCUUCAGCAUUGCGCCACCGGCGGCGCUGAUAUUUUUCGUACUAAUAUUCGUCGCCGGUGCAAUUGUCACGCUUGGUCAUAAGGAGAAUUUGUCAAUAUUGCAGUUGCAACCGAAAGAAAUGAUUUCAACUGAAGCGAUCAGGCCUCCCACGAGCGAGUCGCGCGUCGAGCCAACAGAAGAACCUAACAUCUGUGAUGUUAAAAACAUGAACCAGAAUCGAUGCAGGCCUUCAGGCAGCGAGGCCUUGCCGAGGGGCAUCGUGCAGGACAAGUCCAACUUCGAGAUGGAGUCGCUGGGUGGCAACCCUGAGCGGAAGAAGGACGGCAGGCCGUCGAAAAGCCUCCUCGCGAUCCCCGUCGGCAUCAAGCAGAAGGCGGUCGUCGACAAGCUUGUCUCGAAGUUCCCUGCCGCCAAGUUCACGGUGAUGCUGUUCCACUACGACGGCGUGGUUGACCGGUGGGGAGACCUCAAGUGGUUUGACCGCGCGAUCCACGUCGCCGCGCGCGACCAGACCAAGUGGUGGUUCGCCAAGAGGUUCCUGCACCCGGACCUGGUCGCCGAGUACGAGUACAUCUUCCUCUGGGACGAGGACAUCGAGGUGGACAGCUUCGACCCGCUCAAGUACCUGCGGAUCGUCAGGAGGGAAGGGCUCGAGAUCUCGCAGCCGGCGCUCGACCACCGGUCCCAGAUCCACCACCGGCUCACGGCCCGCGCGCGAAAAGGCGACGUGCACAGGCGGUUCUACAAGACGAACGGGCGGGGCCGGUGCUACGGCAACAGCACGGGGCCGCCAUGUACGGGGUGGGUGGAGAUGAUGGUGCCGGUGUUCUCGCGCGCGGCGUGGCGGUGCGCGUGGCACAUGAUCCAGAACGACCUCAUCUACGCGUGGGGGCUCGACUUCAAGCUCGGAUACUGCGCGCAGGGCGACCGCAGGCGCAACGUCGGCGUCGUCGACAGCCAGUACGUGCUCCACAGGGGCAUCCCCACGCUAGGCGACGGCGGCAAGGCGCCGGCGAGGUCGACGUCGACGUCGACGUCUGCGACGGUCGACCGGUACGCGGUGAGGCGGCGGUCGUACGACGAGCUGCAGGUGUUCAACAGGAGGUGGAGGGAGGCGGUGGAGGAGGACGGGAGCUGGACCGACCCUUACCCGAAGCCGACGACCAACAGCUGACCGUCCGCCGAGUCGCCGGCGGGACGAGGGAGUGCAGGGAAGUACAGUAGUCGGUAGCUGUUACAUUGACCUUGUCUAGAUGAUAGAUCGAUACACCAUAUUUACACGCUCCGAGAGCUCAGAGUCAGAGCUCCAUAUUUCCAACCAAGGCAAUAAGGAAGCUAGAAUAAAAAGAUGAUGUAUUUGUUCUAUAUUUUUCGAUAGGGGAGGUCGAUCGGCUCAGUUUUAACAAUUGGCAUACCUAUACAUGUAUAUUUGCCGGGA